AAUGCAAGAGCACCUAUCUCAGGGCUGGGGGGCUGAGGGCAUACUUGGAUUCCCAGGUUGGAAGAUUAUCUCACUCAGAAGAAGUUCUUGUAGAGAUAUAUAAGCUAAAAGAGAUUGGCGUAUCUCAGCAAAGUAGCUUCGGAUAGCAGUGGGAGGAGGCAUCUUCCCUUGAAGGAGUACCAAACAGUGCUAACAUUUUUUGAUAAGCCAGCAGCAACUAUGAUGAUGCUAAGAGUGGAAGAACUGGUGACUGGCAAAAAGAGCGAUGGUAGAGAGACAACUAAUUUUCUCCCAGAGGACUUCAAACAUGGAGUAUAUGAAGCUGCUGUGAGGCUAGAAAAACAAGAGGAUCUGAAGACAUUGACUGAUCCCCUGCUCCCACGACGUAAUCUGACCUACAAAGAGGAGAAACAGCUACAAGCAGAGCUCAAGAAAAAGAAACUAGACGAGAGACCAAAACUUGAAAGCUUGGAAGAUCUUGAAAAAAUAAUCCAGUUGAAGAAAAGGAAAAAAAUCAAGAAAGUUAAAGUUCCUGUUGUAAAGGAGCCUGAGCAAGAAGUUAUAACAGAACCAGUGGAUGUUCCUACAUUUUUCAAGGCUGCCUUGGAGAACAAGAUGCCAGUUAUUGAAAAAUAUUUAGCAGACAAAGGGGAUCUAGAUGUUUGUGAUGAGUAUAAACGAACAGCCUUGCACAGAGCAUGCUCAGAAGGACACCUGGCAAUUGUGGAAAAAUUAGUAGAAGCUGGAGCACAACUUGAAUUCCAAGAUAUGCUUGAAUCAACAGCUAUUCAUUGGACAUGUCGUGGUGGCAAUGUGGAAGUCCUGAAGUACCUGCUGAACAAAGGAAUAAACAGGAAUGCAAGAGACAAGUUGCUCAGCACGCCUUUGCAUGUGGCAGUAAGAACAGGUCAAUACGAAUGUGGGGAACACCUCAUCGCUUGUGAAGCAGACCUCAAUGCUAAAGACAGAGAGGGUGAUACUCCCAUGCAUGACGCAGUGAGGCUGAAUCGCUAUAAAAUGAUUCGACUCCUGAUUCUGUAUGGUGCCAAUCUAAAUAUAAAGAAUGCGGAAGGGAAAACUCCAAUGGAUCUCGUUAUGCAGUGGCAAAAUGGCACCAAAGAAAUAUUCAACAGCCUGAAGGAAAACUCCUACAAGAGCUCCCCCAUUGACACAUUCUGAAAAACAAGUGUCACCGGACUGACAGUUGUCUUGCGAAACAUGCCAUAAUCAAUGUGAAGAGCAGUACCAAAACGAUCCCAUCUUCACUAAACAUAAGAAGUGUUUCCUUUUGCUGCCUUUGUUAAAGUCAUAUAGGACAAGAGCAGGGAUGAAAUAUUUCAAAGGCACAGUUUGAAUGUUAGAAUUCCAGUGAUUUUAAGUUGCUUUAUUUAUUCCUAUUUAUAUUUUGUAUUCCAUAUUUCCUUCUCUCUCAGAUGGUGUUCCUUUGGCUAUUAUACUUUGCUGAUCUUUCAAUAAGUCAUGUUGGUACUGCUGUUCUAUAGAGAACACAAGUUACAGAUAUGAAAAUGAGAAUGAGAGGAGCGUGUUAAAGCUGCUUUUUAUACAAGACAACAGCGUUUCAGAAAAUAUUAGCAGCUUCCUGUCAGGCUUUUAUUCAAUAGAGAGCUAUUUGUCACCCUUACCCAGUUUCUGCUGAAUUGUCACUGUCAAGAGCAAGCCGUUAAAAGCAAAAAGGCAGAAUGGUGGUAUGGAAGGGAGGUGUAAAGUGGAAUUAAAAAGGGAAUGGUUCUACUGAACCUCACUGGAAGUAGUGGCUGAAUCCUGAACUGAACAUGGUGGAACACGUUUGAACUACAGAAUCUGAAAAUUGAAAGUUCUGUAGAUUACAAGGACAAUAAUAUAAAAUGAUGAACAAGAAAGAAAA